AUGUUUAAGUCAUUUGGACUUGAACUUGGUGAACAAUUGGUCGCCAAUUCACCGAAAAUCUUUUAUAUUACAUUUGUUAAGAAGUACGACACCAAUAUUGGAUUGACGAUAUGUGAAAAUACCACUUCCAUAAAUACUGUUAUCACAGAGCGUCGCCUUCGCUGGUUAGGGCACGUUCUCCGUCGUCCAUCACAGGAAUUGACUCAUAUUUCAUUACUUGCUAAACCCUGUGAUGGGUGGCAUCAAAAGCGAGAUGGGCCAAUCAAGAUCUGGAGUGACACGGUGCGAAAAGAUUUUGAACGUAUAGCUGGACCAUCAAUAUAUGGACUUAGAUGA